CGAGCGUCUGCGCGCGCGGGGGAGCCGGUGUGGGCAGCGAGCGGGAGGACUCCUAUAAAAGCUGCCGUUCCCACGGCGCGCGGCGGACACGACACUUCACACGCGCCGCGUCCGGACGCAUCGUCUCCCGCGCCACAACGGAAAAAAAAAAAGGAGAGAAAAAAAAAAGCCACCGGUCUAUGGUUCUGACUGAUUCUCCUACAAGGAUGUCCCGGACCGACGAGGUGCACCGUAUAACGGAGAAUGUCUACAAGUCCAUCAUGGAGCAGUUCAACCCCUGCCUCAGGAACUUCAUAGCCAUGGGGAAAAGCUAUGAGAAGGCGCUCACCAGUGUCACAUAUGCUGCAAAGGGCUACUUCGACGCUCUGGUGCGGAUGGGCGAGAUGGCCAGCGAAAGUCAAGGCUCUAAGGAUCUUGAAGAGGCAGCAUGGGAGGUCCUCUUUCAGAUGGCCGAGGUGCACAGACAGAUCCAGAUCCAGCUCGAGGAGAUGCUGAAGUCCUUCCACAACGAGCUGCUGACGGAGCUGGAGAAGAAGGUGGAGCUGGAUGCCCGCUACCUGAAUGCGGCUCUGAAGAAGUACCAGAUGGAGCACAAGAGCAAAGGCGAGAGUCUGGAGAAGUGCCAGGCGGAGCUGAAGAAGCUGCGCAGGAAGAGCCAGGGCAGCAAGCACCCGUCCAAGUACGGAGACAAGGAGAUGCAGUAUGUGGAGGCCAUCAGUAACAAGCAGGGCGAGCUGGACAGCUACAUCGCCGAAGGCUACAAGAACGCCCUGUCGGAGGAGAGGAGGAGGUACUGCUUCCUGGUGGACCGCCAGUGCGCCGUGGCCAAGAACAGCAGCGCCUACCACGGCAAGGGUAAGGAGCUCCUGGCCCAGAAGAUCCCGGGGUGGCAGCAGGCCUGCGCCGAGCCCAACAAGCUGCCGGACCGCGCCAUGUUUCUGGCCCAGCAGAUGAGCGGGGCGGUGGGCACCCUGCCCCCCGGGGCACACCACCCCAGCCUGGCCAUCUCCGAACCCAUCCCCGGGGCCAAACCGCUCCCAGUGCCUCCAGAGCUGGCAGCCCUGCGAGCCGGCGGGGGCUUGGGGCAGCAGAGGCUGAUGGGAGCUGCGGACGCGGGGAUGCCGGUGAUGAACGGCACCGCCGGCGCUCACGGAGGGGAAGACUACCAGCAGUGGAUGGAGGGCAAAGUGGCCCAGGGCAAAGUUUCCCCCCAGACACAGAGACACGGGGGAGAGGUCUACUCCAACACUCUGCCUGUCCGCAAGGUGGCCCCCGCCAAGAACAAGACCACCCUGACGGAGACCCGUACCCUGCCCCGGUCCAGCUCCAUGGCCGCAGGUCUGGAGAGGAACGGGCGAACCCGGGUUCAGGCCAUCUUCUCGCACGCGGCCGGCGACAACAGCACCCUGCUGAGCUUCUCCGAGGGCGACGUGAUCACCCUGCUGGUGCCCGAGGCCCGCGACGGCUGGCACUACGGGGAGAACGAGAAGACUCGCAUGCGUGGCUGGUUUCCUUUCUCCUACACGAGGGUGAUUUCAGACAACGAAGGCGACUCCAUGAGGCAACUUCGAGUUCACAACCUCCACCACGGGAAAAGCAGCAGCACGGGAAACCUGCUGGAGCGGGAAGACGUCGCUCUGCCCGUCCCCGACUACGGCGCCCACCCCCGCAUGGCGGCGCAGAGCGGGACGCUGCACGGCAGGCAGCAGCAGCAGCAGCAGCAGCAGCGGCCCUACAGCGUGGCCGGACCGGGCUUCUCACAGACGGGGGUUGAAGAAUACGAGCCUCGCUUCCCCACCAGUUCCACAGAUGGCAAAUUGAUUUCCACAGUGUGAGGACAGAAAACAGGCUCAGCCUCAGCGUGUGAUAGGACAGGCACCUCGCUGCCCACCCCCCACCUGCCUCCCUCCCCCAUCCUUAACACCAUCCCCACCUCUCCACCCUUCCUGCCUCCUCACCUCCUGCUUACAGCUGUAAACUUUCCCCAAGGAUGAGACUCGGGUUUGAUCUCCACCCGUCCCGCUCUUUCUGACCCCCCCCGACCCCACCCCCACUCCCCAGUGAAGCCAUGCCAAGCCUAACCACAACCAAACGGACUGUGCGCCAUCCUGAUACUCAAACCAACGUGAUGGACCGUCUCUCUCUGAGGAAAACUUAUCUUUUGCUUGUCUUUCAUGCAUGUACAUUUCUCUGCGACACCACCCGGGUGGGGGUUGGGGGGUUUAAUAUCCCCCCACCCUUCCAGAGGAACCCGAUUCCCACAAAUGUCCUACACUCAUCAUCUGAACGGCAACGUCAAGGAUAUGUAAAAUCAGAGUGUUUGAUCCUAAAGAGGAUUUUCAUAUUGUACAAAUAAAUAAACAUUGGAGAUGUUUACUGGAUCUUUCAGUAUCUUAACAGUAAUUUUAACCUUUUCAUGCUGUGAGGUUUUGUAUUCCUCUGAUAUAAGAGGCCAUGUAGUGAACAGCUCAUGUAACUGUGAUAACGGGAAUGUUUACUGUACAUAAAUGUGCCAUACACAAGUGCUUGUCAUACAGUAUCUACGAUCAGUUCAUGAAAAGAGAGAA